CAGAGGACAUAAGACUUACUGGAGGAGACACUGAGUGUGAGGGGAGGCUAGAAUUGAAAUAUAGAGGAAAAUGGGGCACAGUAUGUUCUGACUUUUGGGAUGUGAAAGAAGCUGCUGUGAUUUGUAGGCAGCUGGGUUGCAUUCAUUCUCAAGAAGAUGUUGCCCAUGUCAAAACUGCCUCUUAUGGAUCUGGCACCGGAAUAUUUUGGGAUCUGGGUCUCAAGUGUUCUGGAAAUGAAUCUUACCUGUGGGAAUGUAGAGAUGUGGGAAUAUUUUGUAACCAUGAUUCAGUUGGAGUUAUAUGUUCUGGUAAACCCGAGGAGCUACGGCUGGCUGGAGGAGCCAAUCCAUGUGAGGGGAGAGUAGAAGUGAAGAAGAAAGGAGAGUGGGGUACAGUGUGCAGCUUUUUCUGGGAUGAGGAUGAAGCCGCUGUGGUUUGUAGGCAGUUGGGGUGCAGUGAUCCCCAGAAAGAGAGUGUAUAUGUGAAACCUGAAUAUUUUGGACCUGGUUCUGGCAAGAUUUGGCUUAUGAAUGUGAAUUGCACAGGAAAAGAAUCAGACCUCUGGGAGUGUAAACAACUCAUGAAAUUCCUGCAAAAUUGUGAUCAUGACCAGGAUGUUGGAGUUAUUUGUUCUGGUGAACCAGAGGAACUGAGACUGGUUGGAGGAGCCACUGAUUGUGAGGGGAGAGUGGAAGUGAAACACAGAGGAGAGUGGGGCACAGUGUGUGGCCAUGACUGGGGUUUGGAAGAAGCCACUGUAGUGUGCAGGCAGCUGGGAUGCAACAGUUCCCUUAUCAAAGCAUCUUCAUUUGGAGCCGGUUCUGGGAAGAUAUGGCUGGGUCAUCCACGAUGUACGGGUAAAGAGACAGCUCUUUGGAAAUGUAACCACCGGAUGUGGGGACUUCACUAUUGUGCUCACCAUGAAGAUGUGGGAGUAGUCUGUGCAGGUGAACCAGAAGAUGUGAAAUUAGUUGGAGGAAGCACUAGAUGUGAGGGAAGAGUUGAGGUAAAGCACAGAGGAACAUGGGGCACAGUUUGCAACGAUGGCUGGAAUAAUAAUGCUGCUUUAACAGUAUGUAAGCAGUUGAGCUGCAAACCACUUAACACUUUUCAUGAACCUAUCCAUAACAUUUACUUUGGAGCUGGAGAAGGCAGAAUUUGGCUGAGUGGCUUGAGCUGUACAUCUGAAGACAAGGUGCUGUGGGACUGUAAGCGCAACAUGUGGGGACUUCACAAGUGUAGGCAUGCAGAAGAUGCUGGAGUCAUCUGUUCAGACUCACUGGAGGAUUUGAGACUUGUUGGAGGAGCAAACCAAUGUGAGGGGAGAGUGGAGGUGAAGAUGAAAGGACAAUGGGGCACUGUGUGUGGUGGAGACAUCAAUAGAGAGGCUAAAAUUGGUGCAGUGAUCUGUAGAGAGUUGGGCUGCAACAGCACAAACACCCAAGCAACUUCAUUUGGAGCUGGCAGUGAGAAGAUCCUGCUAUAUGAUGUGUCCUGUAAGGGAACUGAGACUUCCCUCUUGGAAUGCUUCUACACAAAAUGGGGAGUCUGUAGGCACAAUCGGGAGAUUGGAGUCAUCUGUGCAGGUGAACCAGAGGAGAUGAGACUUGCUGGUGGAUCACAUGACUGUGAAGGGAGAGUGGAGGUGAAGCAUCGUGGAGAGUGGGGUACAGUGUGCAGCAAAGAGUGGAGCUGGUCUGUAGCUGCUGUUGUCUGUAGGCAAAUGGGCUGUGAUAUUUCAGAACAAACAAGUGAUAACGUCAGAGCAGAUUUUGGGUUUGGAUCAGGGAAGAUUUGGCUAAGUUUGUUUGGGUGCUCAGGAGAAGAAUCGGCACUCUGGAACUGUAACCGUGCCAUGUGGGGACUCCAUGAGUGUGAUCAUAGAAAUUACGUUGGAGUGAGGUGUAAAGUGAAACCAGAGCAGGUGAGACUUGUUGGCGGAUCAUCUUAUUGUGAGGGGCGAGUUGAAGUAAAAAUCCUUGAACAGUGGGGUACAGUAUGCAGUGACAACUGGGACAGCAAUGAAGCAAGGGUGCUUUGCCAGCAGUUGAACUGCAUCUCCAGAGAUGAACAUGCUCACUCUAUCCAACCAACUUUCUUUGGAGCUGGAUCAGGAAAAAUCUGGAGUGUAAGCUGUUCAGGAAAUGAGGAAGGAAUGAAGGAUUGUUUCAUUACCACUGGGUAUCCUGAGUACUGCAAUCACAGGAAUGAUGUGGGCGUCAUUUGUACAGAUGAGGCGAGGGAACUGAGACUUUCUGGGGGAUCACAUAAGUGUGAGGGGAGAGUUGAGGUGAAGCACAAUGGACAAUGGGGUACAGUGUGCAGCAAUACAUGGGGCAAGCCUGAAGCUGCUGUGGUGUGCAGACAAAUGGGUUGUGGCUUUAUAGAACCAACUGAUCAUUUAAGCCCACAUUUCUUUGGGGCCGGAUCAGGAAGAAUUUGGCUUGGUAGUGUGACCUGCUCAGGAGAAGAACUGGCCCUCUGGAACUGUCACCAUUCCAUUUGGGGACUUCACAGCUGUGAUCAUGGGAAUGAUGUUGGAGUGAGGUGCACUGCUGAAAGAGAAGAACUGAGACUUGUUGGUGGAUCAUCCUAUUGUAAGGGGAGGCUGGAAAUAAAGAUUUAUGGCCAAUGGGGCACAGUGUGUAGCGCAAACUGGGAGUACAGUGAAACAAAAGUGGUUUGCAGCCAACUGGGCUGCAAUGCAUCAGCAGAAGAACCUCAGUUUAUUAAAGCAACUUCCUUUGGAGCUGGAUCAGGGAAAAUCUGGCUUCGCUCUGUGCGCUGUUCAGGGAACGAGAAGGCCUUGGGGGACUGUAUAACUGACAUGUGGAAUCCUGGUGACUGUGAUCACAGAACUGAUGUUGGAGUCAUUUGUUCAGGUGAACCAGAGGAACUGAGACUUGCUGGGGGAUCAUAUGAGUGUGAGGGAAGAGUGGAGGUGAAGCACAAUGGAGAGUGGGGUUCAGUGUGCAGCAAAGAGUGGGGGUGGACUGAAGCUUCUGUGGUUUGUAGGCAACUGGGCUGCAGCAUGGACAUACCAAUAGACAAUAUUAAACCAGUCUUUUUUGGAGCUGGAUCUGGGAAGAUUUGGAUUGAUAACCUAAGGUGCACAGGAGAGGAAUCCUCCCUCGGGGACUGUGCCCAUUCUAUGUGGGGACUUCACAACUGUGGCCAUGGUGAUGAUGUUGGAGUGAUUUGCCCUGUUAAACCAGAGGAGGUGAGACUUGUUGAUGGAUCUUCUCGUUGUGAGGGGAGAGUGGAAGUGAAGAUUUAUGGCCAGUGGGGCACAGUCUGUGGCAAAAGUUGGAGCUACAAUGAAGCAAGGGUGGUGUGCAGCGACCUGGGCUGCAACUCCUCAGCUGCAUAUCCUCACCUUUACAAAGUAACUUCCUUUGGUGCCGGAUCAGGAAAAAUUUGGAUCCAACGUGUUCGCUGUUUGGGAAAGGAGAAAGUGUUAGCAGACUGUGCGAUUACAAUGUGGAAUCCUGGGAACUGUGAUCAUACAUAUGAUGUUGGUGUCAUUUGUGCAGGUGAACCAGAAGAGAUCAGACUUUCGGGGGGCUCACAUGAAUGUGAGGGGAGAGUGGAGGUGAAGCACCAAGGAGAGUGGGGUACAGUGUGCAGCAAUAAUUGGGGAUGGUCUGCAGCUGCCGUGGUUUGCAGACAAAUUGGAUGCAGCUCUUUAAAGCCAAGUGAAUAUUCCAAAAUCCAGUUCUUUGGGGCAGGAUCAGGGAAGAUUUGGCUUGAUAACGUGACCUGCUCAGGUGAAGAAUCAGCCCUCUGGUACUGUCGCCAUCUUAUGUGGGGACUUCAUAACUGUGAUCAUGGACAUGACGUUGGAGUGAGGUGCCCUGGCAAACCACAAGAGAUGAGACUUAUAGAUGGAUCAUUUAAUUGUGAAGGAAGGUUGGAAGUGAAGAUUUUUGGCCAGUGGGGCACAGUAUGUAGUGCAAACUGGGGUUACAAUGAAGCAAGGGUGGUUUGUAGGCAGCUUGGCUGCCUGCCCUCAGAGGAAGAUUCCCACUUUAUUCAACCAACUUUCUUUGGACCUGGAUCAAGCACAAUCUGGUUUCAGUCUGUAUCAUGUUCAGGGAAUGAGAAAGCCUUGGGGGACUGUAUUACUGAGCCGUGGAACCCUGGUGUCUGUGAUCACAGUGCUGAUGUUGGAGUCAUUUGUGCAGGUGAACCAGAAGAACUGAGACUUUCUGCAGGGUCUCAUGAGUGUGAGGGAAGAGUGGAGGUGAAGCACCAUGGAGAGUGGGGUACAGUGUGCAGCAGAGAGUGGGAUUGGAGUGAAGCUAAUGUGGUUUGCAGACAGCUGGGAUGUGGGUUUUCAGGAUCAUUAGGCCGCAUAUCUGCUUUCUUUGGGGCUGGAUCAGGGAAGAUAUGGCUUGCUGGUCUGCGUUGUACAGGGAAAGAAUCAGCCCUUUGGGAUUGUCGCCAUCCCAUGUGGGGACUUCACAACUGUGAUCACAGAGAUGACGUUGGAGUAAGGUGCACUGCAAAACCAGAGGAGCUGAGACUUGUUGGUGGAUCAUUUAGGUGUGAAGGGAGACUGGAAGUGAAGGUUUAUGGCCAGUGGGGCACAGUAUGUAAUGAACACUGGAACUAUUACAGAACAGAGGCAAGAGUGAUUUGCAGGCAGCUGGGCUGCUACACCUCGGCUAAAUCUCCUUUAUUUAUUAAAACAACUUCCUUUGGAGCUGGAUCAGGGAAAAUCUGGUUCCACCGUGUGCACUGUUCAGGGCAUGCGAAAGCCUUGGGGGACUGUAUUACUGAGCCGUGGAACCCUGGUGACUGUAGUCACAGCGCUGAUGUUGGAGUCAUUUGUGCAGGGGCCCCAGAGGGACUUCGACUUGUUGGUGGAGAAAACGAGUGUGAAGGAAGAGUAGAAGUGAAGUUCCAGGGAGUCUGGGGCACAGUGACUUCUUCUAAUUGGGAUGUUGAUGCUGCUUCAGUGGUUUGCAGACAGUUGGGCUGUACCCCUUCUCCUACAGAAAUAGUCAAGGCAGUUUCAUUUGGACCCGGUACAGGGAAAAUCUGGUUUAAUGUAAUAAAUUGUCUGGGAAAGGAAAAAUCUCUGUGGAACUGUAAAAUCGAAAUGCAUGGAAUUCCCUGGUUUGAUCACAUCAAAGAUCUUGGAGUAAUUUGCAGAGGUUCCUUGGCAUUUAAUCAUCCUCCAGAAGCAUACAAAUAUCCUCCAAAGAAAAAUGAAAUAUUUGGGCUUGACAAUGCAGAUUAUCGGAAUUAUUAUGGUGUUCUUGAAUUGGAAUAUGAUCUAGAUCCGGUGGCUGUAAGUGAAAUCUCCCUGGAUCCUGUCUCUAUUUUUAAUGACAAACUAGAAGAACUGAAAUUAGUUGGAGGUGCCAGCCGCUGUGAAGGAAGAGUGAUGGUCAGAUUCUAUGGAGAGUGGGGCUCAAUGUGCGAUUACAGAUGGGACAUGAAAAAAGCCUCGGUGGUGUGCAGGCAGCUGGGCUGUAACAAUUCCCCUGGUCAGCACAAGGCAGCUUCCUUUGGACCUGGCUCAGGAAAGGUUUGGCUCAGUCAUGUCAAAUGUACAGGAGAUGAAUUCACUUUAUCAGAGUGUAAGAGAAACCUGACCAUGUUUCACAAUUGUGAUCACACAGCAGAUGUUGGAGUGAUCUGUGCAGGUGGUGGGCCAUUAGAGUUGAGACUUGCUGGGGGCUCCAAUAGAUGUGAGGGGCGGGUAGAGGUGAAGCACCACGGCGAAUGGGGCACGGUUGGUGACUUUUUCUGGGAUAAGAAGGCUGCUACGGUUGUGUGCAGGCAACUAGGUUGCAACACUUCAUAUGAACAGGCAACAUCAUUUGGCGCUGGAACAGGGAAGAUUUGGUUUAGUGGACUGAAAUGUACAGGGAAUGAAUCAGCCCUGUGGGACUGUGAGCCUGAACUGAACAGAUAUCGCAUCUGGAACAACACUGCAGAUGUUGGAGUCAUUUGUGCAGGAGAACCAGAGGAGCUGAGAUUGGUUGGAGGAACAAAUGACUGCGAGGGAAGAGUUGAAGUGAAACACAGAGGAGAGUGGGGCACAGUAUGUGCCAAUGACUGGGAUACGAGGGAUGCCGCUGUGGUGUGCAGGCAGCUGGGAUGCAACAGUUCCCUUAUUAAAGCAACUACAUUUGGAGGUGGAUCUGGGAAGAUCUGGUUAAGUCACCUGCAAUGUACAGGGAAGGAGACAUCCCUGUGGGAAUGCAAGCAUGGAAUGUGGGGGCUUCACUAUUGCAAUCAUGGCCAAGAUGUUGGAGUCAUCUGUCAAGGUGCAGAUGAGAAUGUUAGGCUUAUCGGGGGAGACAAUGAGUGCGAGGGGAGAGUGGAGGUGAAGCAUCAAGGAACGUGGGGUACUGUGUGUGGUCGUCAAUGGGGUGCAAAGGAAGCUUCUGUUGUUUGUAGACAACUGGGCUGCAACACCUCCAAUGAAUAUUUCUCUACCAAAGCAACAUUUUUUGGAGCUGGAUCAGGAAGGAUUUGGCUCAGUAAUGUUAAAUGUACGGGAGAUGAGCCGAGCCUUGCAUGGUGUAUGCAUAAUACAUGGGGAAUUGAGAAAUGUGAUCAUACUGAGGAUGUUGGAGUCAUUUGCACAGGUGAACCUGAGGAAUUGCGACUUGUUGGGGGAAACAAUGAGUGUGAAGGAAGAGUUGAAGUGAAGCAUCGGGGGGUGUGGGGAGCAGUUUGUGACCACAAUUGGAAUCAAAAGGCAGCAUCUGUGGUAUGUCGGCAGCUGGGAUGCAACAACACAACAGAGGGACAAAUGAAGGCCCAGGCAGCUUUCUUUGGACAAUCAUCAAGAAACAUUUCCCUCUCCCGAGUGAAAUGCACAGGAGAAGAAGCAGUCCUUUGGGAAUGUCAGCAUCAAAUGUGGGGACUUAGCAACUGUCUUCAUAGAGCAGACGUCGGAGUGAUCUGUAAAGGUGAGCCAGACUUACUGAGACUGGUUGGAGGAGGCACUAAUUGCGCUGGAAGGGUGGAGGUAAAGCACCGAGGUGAGUGGGGCACAGUGUGUGAUGACUUCUGGAAUGAGAAUGCUGCUGAAGUUGUAUGCAGACAGCUUGGCUGUAGCACCUCUUAUGAAGACACUGCCCAUAUCAAGGCCACACCAUUUGGAGCUGCUUCUGGGAAAAUUUGGUUAAGUCGUGUGAGAUGUAAAGGAGAAGAAUCCAGCCUGAGGGACUGUGAUCAUAACAUGUGGGGUCUUCACUACUGCAGCCACAGUGAAGAUGCCGGGGUUAUUUGUGGUGACCACAGAGAGCCCAGACUGGUGGAUGGGCCAAACAGCUGCUCGGGAAAUCUAGAAGUGAAACAUGGAGGUACUUGGGGCUCAGUGUGUGAGAUUGAUGAUGAGUUCAGAACAGCCAGAGUUAUCUGCAGAGAGUUGGGAUGUGGACCAGCAGUUCCGGCACCAUGGAAAUAUAUUCAUAAUGAUAAGAAUGUUAAGUCGGCACAGAUCUGGACAGAGAAAAUCAAAUGUACCGGCAAUGAAAGCAGUCUGUUUGAGUGUUACAGAGUGCCCAGGCCUGCCAGGACCUGCACAAAUCCAUCUUCUCCCACCAUUCACUGCCUAGGUCCAUACAGUGGAUUCAGGUUGGUGAACGGCACUCAGAGAUGUUCCGGAAGAGUAGAAGUGCUGUACACAGGGCAGUGGGGAGCACUCUGCAAAUCAAACUGGGAUUUACAUGCUGCCAAUGUUCUGUGCAGGCAGUUACAGUGCGGUACUGCAGUUUUCAUUCCAGAUAGAAGGUAUUUUGGGAAGAGUGACUUUGUUUGGACUGAUAGGUUUCAUUGUAAGGGCACAGAGUCACAUCUUGGAGAAUGCUCAUUUGCUGCUCUUGGAAACAGCGACUGCUCAGGUGAUGAUCUUGCAGGUGUGGUCUGCACAGGGAAAGAAGAAUUGAUGCGCCUCGUGGAUGGAGAGAGUCACUGUGAGGGAAGGUUGGAGGUUCUUCAGAAUUCUACUUGGUUUAGUGUUACUGGGGAGCAGUGGGGCCUUAAGGAGGCUCAGCUUGUGUGCAGAGAGUUACACUGUGGAGAGGCCAGAAGUGCAUUUACAGUUGAGGCACAAUCGGCUGCUGGCACGCUUGUUACAUGGAGAGAUAUUAAAUGUAAAGGAAAUGAGAACAAUUUAACAGACUGCCCUUUAAUGCCGCAACCAUCUUCUGUGCCGUAUGCAAAUGGGAAGAAUCGUGUGAGUGUAAUCUGCUCAGAAAGCUUACUCAUACGACUGGUGGAUAGUCCACAUCGGUGUGCAGGCAGAGUUGAGGUCUACCACCAAGGGGAGUGGGGAACGAUCUGUGGUGAUUCCUGGGACAAAGCAGAUGCUAAUGUUGUUUGCAGACAGCUAAACUGUGGCCAUGCCAUCAGUAUUUCAACAAUGAGCCACAAAGAAACUGGUAAUGGCACUGCUUGGCUGAGUGGGAUUAACUGUACCGGAAGUGAAACAGGUCUCUGGCAAUGUCCUUUCAACAACUGGGGCCAACACUCCUGUACAAAGAAGCAGGAUGCACGUGUGAAAUGUUCCGAGUUUACAGACCUCCGUUUGGAUGGAGGGUCCCAUGAAUGUGAAGGAAGACUGGAAGUCUACUACAAUGGAAGCUGGAGAUCAGUGUGCAACAACCACAUGGACCAAGUUUCUAUCUCUGUUAUCUGCAGGCACCUGAAUUGUGGCACCAAGGGAAUCCGUCCAAUUACAUUUACAUACGGUGCUGCCGAUCCACCCUACUGGCUGGAUCUAAUUAAAUGCCGUAAGCACGAUCAGUCAUUCUGGCAGUGCCCUUCAUCCCCUUGGGCAAAACACUCCUGCAAUCUGCAGGCUGAAGUGGCCGAAAUUAAAUGUGAAGGUGAAAGAAAGAAGCCGUUACACAAUCAGUCUGAAACUUAUGGGCUUCCAGCACUGCAGAAUUGUUCUAAUGUGCAAACUCUGAUUGAGUCGCUCAUCUCACAUUCCUCAACCAGCAUUCUUACUGCUAUUGCAGUUGUUUUUGGCAUCUUGUUGUUUCUGGCUCUCAUUGGUUUGUGGAUCCUAAAGAAAAACCUAAAGGUGUUGAAAAAAGGGAAAAGAUCUUCUAUGUGCCCCGAUGAUGAGAUCUAUGAGGAGAUUGAAGCCAACUUGAUGAUGCCCAUGGAUAAAGAAGCCAACCUUUCCCCUGGGAGUGCAGAGAUUAUUCAAGAUGACUACGACGAUGUGGAAGAACAGGUCAAGAAAACCCUCUCCUCAACCUCAGACACUGAAAGGACUGCAGAGAUUAUCCAAGAUGGUUAUGAUGAUGUAGAGGAGCAGGUUAAGAAAACCCUCUCCCUAGACUCAGACAGUGAAUGUACAAGUGAGACUUUUAACCAAGAUAAAUAUGAUGAUGUGGAAGUGCUGCAUCAAAAAGAAUCCAAGUCUCAAGAUAAUUAUGAUGAUGCAGAAGUACCAAAUCAGAUGGGAUUUGACAUUAGUGGUUCCCUGGCCAAGGAAAAGAAUUUAGAGGAUGGAUAUGAUGAUGCUGCAGUUGGACUUCUGUCUAGCCAUGCAAGUAAAGCUGAGCGAAUCAGAGGAGCCGGCAGUGACACAGGAUUACCUACCCAAGAUGCACCAGAAGAUGUUACCCAUGAACAUCAAAUACCUCUCAUAAUUGAAACUGGCUAUGAAGAUUCUGGCUUUAUCUAGUUAUUCCCUUUGCUUGUUCACCAAUCACAAUGCUUCUCUGUACCCUUCCCUCCAACAUAUCAGCGCCUCUUCUAAUUACCCAUGCUCCUCUAUUCCAAAUAAACUGCUGCACCUCU